AUGUGCUACUCACUGGUUCACUACGCCUUGUGUCGUGGUUCGGCUGUUGGUUUCUUCGGCGGUGACCUCCGCAAUCUCUCAGACGAUAUUUUAGCCCUCCGGCCUACGCUGUUUGUUGCCGUACCACGUGUUCUCCAGCGUCUUUACGCCACUGUUCAGGCUGCUGUCGCCAACUCAGCUCUCAAAAAGUGGCUUCUCAGGACUGCGGUCAAUGCGAAAUUAAGUUAUGUUAGAGAAGGUAUCGUAACCCGAGAUACAUUCUGGGACAAAUUUAUCCUCAAGCGGAUUCAGGACAGAAUGGGUGGCCGUCUGCGCUUUUUCGCUUGUGGGAGCGCUCCCAUUUCGGAGGAGGUUUAUUCAUUCUGUCGCGCAGCUCUCGGUGUUCAUGCUUAUGAGGCCUACGGAUUAACCGAGACCUGUGGAGCAAUGAUCAUGACUCUACCUGACGACUAUAUUGCCGGCCACGCGGGCACGCCACUCCCAUGUUCCAUGGUUAAACUGGUUGAUGUACCAGACAUGGACGUUUUCGUCUCGCGCGACAAAGUUGGUGAGAUUUGUGUGAAAGGUCCCAGCUGCACAAAGGGUUACUAUAAGGACCCAGAAAGAACGGCUGAAGUAAUUGACGCGGAUGGUUGGCUCCACACAGGGGAUAUUGGUCAAUGGACCUCGCGUGGCAGUCUCAAACUUGUCGAUCGUUGCAAGAACAUGUUCAAGCUGGCCCAGGGUGAAUACGUCUCUCCGGAACGUGUCGAGAUGGUCUACACACAGAGCAACCUAGUUAAUCAGGUUUUCCUUGAUGGCAAUUCGAGCGAGUCGUUUGCGAUUGCAAUCUGUGUGCCCAAUAUGAAGGCUUUGCGGCAAGCCAUGUUCCCUGACUAUGGUGGCUCUUUUGCCAAUGGUCUAAUGAAUGGUUCUUUCAAGAAGUCUAAUGAUGAAGACAUUUCGGACGAACAGUUAUGUGCCAAGAAGGAGACCUGUCUUUUCGUCUUGAAAGACUUAAAUCGAAUAGGCAAAGAAGCAGGUCUGAAGGGAUUUGAGCAGGCUAAAUCGAUCUAUCUUACACCGAAUGAAUUCACUGUUGAGUCUGGUCUGUUAACUCCGACUCACAAAAAACUCCGUGCUGCCUUCCGCCGAUUCUUCAAAGAUGAAAUAAACCGACUUUACAAGGAAGAGAUGACGUUGUAA